CCAGAUUGCACAUCAAGACAGGAUCUGUAGGAAAAAGUGAAGAAAUGGGAGGGAAAGAUGUUAGGUUUCUGGAGGCAGGAUCCAGGCACAUUUCCGACAUGUGGAGCAGGGCACUUGGGAUGAAUGGGGUCUCCCCUCCACUUGGCUCUGCUUAAGCAGCACCAGGAGUGGGGGCUCCGUGGAGCUUGGAAAGUCACCCUUCCCACUCCCUGCAGCCCCACACAUGCAUCGUCUAUAACAGGUGUUGUUUACGAAGGGCCUACUGUGCUCCAGGCCUGUGUCAUCAAGAAUCCUCACUUUGGCCCCAUCAGGCAGUCUGGAGAACCCCUUUUGACAGGUGUGGAAACUGAGGCUCCAGGAAGCAAAACAAUUUGCCUUAGGCCACAGAGCCACAGGAUGGCUCACAAAUUCCCCUAGGGGGAAAGACAGGUUCUGCCUCCACUCUCCAGGAGCUUGCUGGUGGAAAGCUUUAAAAUGAACCUUGAUCUCACCAAGCGAUGCUGACUGGGGGAUGCUGGGACACAAGCUAAGCAGGUAGGGAGAGCUUCCCGAAGGAAGAGGUGCGUGGGAACAACCUGAGGAUGCAGGCUGGCUGGUGAUGACUGGGGUGAGCAGGGCAGUGGGGCCCACACUAUACCCUCUCCCCACAGCCUUCCUGUCUGCUGGCCUGAGUGUGCUUGCGCCCUCAGAGAUCUACUCCCUCCCUGUGACUGGCUCCAACUGGGAGCCCCCGCUGGGGACACCAUUCCCAUCAGGCUCCUGCUGCAGAUCCUCAGAGGCCCAAGCCGUGGCUGAGGCCCCUGGCCAGAGCCCCAAAAACCCACGUGUGUCCGGAGUGACGGUUCAGCUAGAGAUGAAGCCUCUGUGGGAGGAAUUCAACCAGCUGGGCACCGAGAUGAUUGUCACCAAGGCAGGCAGGAGAAUGUUCCCCACCUUCCAGGUGAAGAUUCUGGGCAUGGACACGCUGGCCGACUAUGCCCUGCUCAUGGACUUCAUCCCAUUGGAUGACAAGAGAUACAGGUAUGCCUUCCACAGCUCGGCCUGGCUGGUGGCAGGCAAGGCUGACCCGGCCACGCCCGGCCGCGUGCACUUCCACCCCGACUCACCGGCCAAGGGUGCCCAAUGGAUGCGCCAGAUUGUGUCUUUUGACAAGCUCAAGCUGACCAACAACCUCCUGGAUGACAAUGGCCACAUCAUUCUCAACUCCAUGCACCGCUACCAGCCCCGUUUCCACGUGGUCUUCGUGGACCCACGCAAGGAUAGCGAGCGCUAUGCCCAGGAGAACUUCAAGUCCUUCAUCUUCACGGAGACCCAGUUCACAGCCGUGACGGCCUAUCAGAACCACCGGAUCACCCAGCUGAAAAUUGCCAGCAACCCUUUUGCCAAGGGCUUCAGAGAGAGUGACCUGGACUCCUGGCCUGUGGCCCCACAGCCCCUACUCCACAUCCCAACCCAGAGUCACAGCAGUCUCAGUCCCUGCCUGCUGAAGGGCCCCAAAGAGCAGAACAAAGACCUCGACAAAACUUCAGCCUCCACCUCCAGGACACCUGCCCGGCUCCACCAACAGCUGCUGCCUCCCACUGAGGCCCUGCCAGCCCCAGCCACCUACAGGCCCCUUGCUUACCGGGCCCCAUACCCUGGAGCCCCAAGCCACCUUGGGAUCCCAAGGACCCGACCAGCACCGUACUCUAUCCCCAACAUCCGGGCUGAUGGGAAUCAGGGAGGCCUCACCCUCUCAACUGGGCUGGGGAUCCUAUCCUCUACUACCAUAUGCCUGGGGCCUGGGCAGGACUCUCAGUGAUGGCAGAAGCCCUGUGGAAGCCUUCCUACUCUGGACCCUCAACCCAUGAAACAGCCUCUACACCCAAAGAGAGCAAAGCAGCUGGAAGCCCUCAGAGCAAGGCUACCUGCCCAGUCACAGCAAAACUGAGACAGUCCCAGGAUUGGAACCAGGCCUCCUACCUCCCACCCCUACAACUGGGAAUCCUUCCCCUCCUGCCUUGGGUAUGAUCCUUCCAAACCCAGUUUUACCUCUCCCUUCUCCUCAGCAUUAAACCAUAUGGCAUGAGUGGUCAAAACA